AUGUCUGUCACCAUCCGCCCCGUCACCAAGGAGGACGAGCCCAAGUGGCGCGAGCACUGGGCAGCAUACAAUGACUUUUACCAGCGCACCAUCCCGGAAGAAGUGACGGCAACGACAUUUGCCCGGUUCCUAGACGAUUCGGUGCCCAUGUACUGCGCAGUAGCCGUGUCCCCUCCUUCUUCUACGACUUCUACAGACGGCACGAUGCCGCCGACGCUGGUGGGAUUCGCCACGUGGUUCCCGCACAUGUCGACGGCGAGCAUUGCGCCCAAGGUCUAUCUAAACGACCUGUUUGUGGACCCGGGGGUCCGGAGCGGCGGCGUCGGGGGCAGGCUGAUUGACCAUGUGGUGGACCACGCCCGCGGCGUGCUGGGUGCCGACUCCAUCUACUGGCUCACCCAGCACUUUAAUCAUGCUGCCCAGCUGCUAUACGUCAAGAAGGCGACCAAGAGUGACUUUGUGCACUAUACCAAGAAGCUGUAA